ACAAUAAUUAACGGCUGAACGAUAAUUGGAACAGGCCGGAGAAGAAAAUAAGGCAAAAAGGAGCGAAAACAUUUUUUCCCCCUUUGUUUCUUCUCGGUAAUGGCUUCAAUGGCGGCAACAUCUCGCUUCACAAUCAGAGGCUUCGACUCCAUUUCUAUUUCGCCUCGUUCGUCUUCUCUCGGCACCCAAAUCCUAUCCUUUUCUCGUGUGCACAAUCGAUUUUCAACUUAUUUUACCCGAACCAACUCUUCGGGUUGCAGAACCACCUCAAAAAAUGCGGGGCUCCGUCAGAUUCGGGCCAUGGGCUCUGAUUCAUCCGGGUCGGGUUUGGAAGACACCGUGAAGAAGACCAUUGUUGACAACCCAGUCGUGGUUUACUCCAAAACUUGGUGUUCGUAUUCUUCGGAGGUGAAAUCUCUGUUCAAGAGACUUGGUGCUGAAACACUUGUUAUUGAAUUGGACCAACUAGGUUCGCAAGGAGCACAACUGCAGAAAACUUUGGAGAGCCUCACUGGACAGCAUACUGUUCCCAAUGUGUUUAUAGGGGGCAAGCAUAUUGGUGGUUGUACAGAUACCGUAAAGCUAUAUCAGAAAGGGGAGCUCGAGUCUUUGCUGUCACAAGCCGGAGCUACAAAGACAGAGAGUUAGUUCCGAGAGAAAAUUAUGCUUGUCUUCAAGUAGACAUUGAUUAUGUAGUACAACAGUUGAUUUCAUUGGAGAGUUAUGGGUUUUGGGUUGAUUGCCUAUUUGAUCAAUGUACAUUAUUGAGUGGAAUUUCUAAUGGGAUCUUCAAUUCCAAUCGAUUUCGAAGCUGAAUAUUUUCGAUUUUGGAAGAAUAUUUUUCCGUCCGAU